CCCCCCCCCCCCGGUUUGUUUGUUUUAUUGUGUGAUACGCGAUGGGGAAGGAGCAAGAACUUCUCGAGGCGGCGCGCACGGGGAACCUGGCCGCCGUGGAGAAGCUGCUCUCCGGGAAGCGACAGUCCGCCGGCACCGGCGGCGGUUCCUCCGGGACCGGGGGGAGCGGCGCAAGCGGCGGACACGGCGCCUCCUCGCACCCGCUCUCCAGUCUGCUCAGCAUCUGGAGAGGCCCCAAUGUGAACUGUGUGGACAGCACUGGAUACUCCCCUCUCCACCACGCCGCCCUCAACGGACACAGCGAGGUGGUGGAGGCGCUGCUACGAAACGAGGCCUUGACCAACAUCGCUGACAGCAAGGGCUGCUACCCGCUGCACCUGGCCGCGUGGAAGGGCGACGAGCACAUCGUCAAGCUGCUCAUCCACCAGGGGCCGUCGCACCCCCGCCUCAACGAGCAGAGCUCUGUAGACCAUAAAGAGUUCAAACGCUGUGGGCCCUUUGACCCCUAUAUUAAUGCCAAGAACAACGACAACGAGACGCCGCUGCACUGCGCCGCCCAGUACGGCCACUCCCAGGUGGUGCGGCUGCUGCUGGAGGAGCUGACGGACCCCACCAUGAGGAACAACAAGUUCGAGACCCCCCUGGACCUGGCGGCGCUGUACGGCCGCCUGGAGGUGGUCAAGCAGCUGCUCAGCGCCCACCCCAACCUGCUCGGCUGCAACACCAAGAAGCACACGCCGCUGCACCUGGCCUCUCGCAACGGACACCUGCCCGUGGUGGAGGUGCUGCUGGACGCCGGCAUGGACAUCAACUACGAGACGGAGAAGGGCAGCGCCCUCCACGAGGCGGCACUGUACGGGAAGACCGAGGUGGUUCAGAGACUUCUCGCCGCAGGUGUGGGCGUGAACAUAGUGGACCAGAGGGGCCUGUCGGCGCUGGACACUGUCCAGGGGAUGCCUUCCCAGAAGAGCAGGGAGAUAGCCGCCCUCAUCCUCGGUCACAUGGCCGGAAAACCCCCCGACAUCGACCUCCCGCCUCCGCCGAUCCCUCCCCCUCAGGAGAGUCCCUGCCCGCGGAGGAAAGGCGAAAUGGAGAAGGUGAGCGAGCUGAUCUCGGGGCUGGCCCCGGGGCCCGAGGAGGAGAGCCCGUACGAGGCCCUGUUCGAAGCCACCUCUUGCCACUCCCUCGACAGCCUCGCCAGCGGCAAGUCCUCCGAUCGCGACUCGGGACGGCCGGACAGCGAAGCUGGCAAGAAAGAUCGCCUGGUCCAUACGUCGCAUCCCGGCGCUGGCCCCGAGGACGAGGCGAGCGCAGAGGCCCUGCACACUAACAGCAGCAUCGAUGAGAGAGGAGAGCCGGCGCAGGAGGCGGAUCACACGUAUGAAUUGCUGCUGACCGCACAGACCAAACACCCGCCGCCCAACCACGAGUCCAAAUCCAAUAGAGACGAGAACACGACUAAACCGUCUUCCAACAACGUCCUACCUCAGCGUAAACCCACUGCCCCAAACAACCUCCGACCCCCGAGCAAGACGAGGGACACGCUGCUCCUUCCUGGGUGGGGGAGCCCGCAGCGAGCAAAGGGAGAUAACUCACAGCUCAGCGAGGAUCAGGAGGCCGGGGUCCCCGAGCAGUUCACGGGCCUCCUGCACGGAUCCUCCCCGGUCUUUGACAGCCGCGAGGAGCCCUUCAGGCUUCCGGGGGUCGCGCUGUCCGUCCAGGGCCCCCCGGAACCAAGGAAACCCGCCAAAGCAAAGGCGGAGGCAGCAGCAGCGGCGGCGCCACCGAGCCGCCCCAGCAUGGCCGCCAACCUGACAGACUGUGAUCCCAAAGCUAUUUAUGCAACUGUGAAUAAGGAGCCCAGGGAGUCGGGGGCGGCGGCGGCGUCCUCCAUAAGGAUGCGUCCUCCCGGGGACCUGAAGCUGGCCCGCAGCCUCUCCAAGUCCGACUCCGACCUGCUGGUGUCGCCCCCCAGCGAGGAGGACGGAGGCCUGGGGAACCGCAGCGAGUCCGUUUCCAACUGUAGCGCCGGCAAGAAGAGGCUGGAGAAAUCGCCCUCCUUCACCUCCGAGUGGGACGAGCAGAAACGGACGACUCCUUCCACCACAAACCUGCGGAGAUCUAAUUCCUUUGACAGCAUCGAGAAGAUCAUGACACUGAUUGGCGCCGGCAUCGAUUUCUCCAGAGAUCAGCAGUAUGCGGCACCAGGCGCGGCGGGCCGGCUGCUGGAGCAGCCCGUGGGGGACUGGCUGGAGCACGUGGGGCUGCCGCAGUACGAGAGCAAGCUCCUCCUCAACGGGUUCGACGACCUGCACUACAUGGGGAACAAUGUGAUGGAGGACCAGGACUUGAGGGAGAUUGGCAUCACAGACCCAAGCCACAGGAAGAAGAUCCUGCACGCAUCGCGCUCGUUACCCAAGGUGAAGGCACUGGGCUGUGACGGCAGCAGCUCGCUCUCCUCGUGGCUGGAUAAUCUGGGCCUGCACGAGUACCUGCACAACUUCCUGACCAGCGGCUACCGCACUCUGGACUGUGUCAAAAACCUGUGGGAGCUGGAGAUUGUCAACGUGCUAAAGAUCUCCCUGCUGGGACACCGGAAACGCAUCAUUGCGUCCUUGGCGGAGAGGCCCUACGAGGAGCCUCCAGUCAAGCCUCCCCGUUUGUCUCAGAUCAGGUGCCAAGACCUGCCCGGAUCGCAGACCUCGUCCCCCCUCAGUCACAUGGAGUCCUACACCGGGCGCUCGAUGGACCCCCUGCUGCCUGCGGGAGAGGCCGGGAGGAAAAAAGUGCCGGACAACGACUACGACGUCGCUCAGAGACAUCGCGGCGAACAGCACAGAUCACACGAGCGGCAUGAGGACCGGCACAGGGAGCCCCGUCUGACCCUGCGGCCGCCCAGCCUGGCGGCGCCGUACGCCCCGGUCCAGAACUGGCACCAUCAGCCCGAGAAGCUCAUCUUUGAGUGCUGCGCAUACGAAGCCAGCUACCUCGGAUCCAUGCUCAUCAAGGAGCUGCGGGGCACCGAGUCCACGCAGGACGCCUGUGCCAAAAUGCGGAGGUCGACAGAACAAAUGAGGAAAGUCCCGACCAUCGUCCUCUCCAUCACCUACAAGGGUGUGAAGUUCAUCGACGCCGCCAAUAAGAACAUCAUCGCGGAGCACGAGAUCCGCAACAUUUCGUGCGCAGCCCAGGACCCGGAGGACUUGUGCACGUUUGCCUACAUCACCAAGGACCUGCAGACCAGCCACCACUACUGCCACGUGUUCAGCACGGUCGACGUGAAUCUGACCUAUGAGAUCAUACUGACGCUCGGCCAGGCGUUUGAGGUCGCCUAUCAGCUGGCUCUGCAGGCCCAGAGGACCAAACAGCACCAGAACCUACCGCUGGGACCCGGGUCAGAGGCCAGCCGACCUGUGCCCAAACCCCGAGGCAGCGUGCGCAAGUCGGCGAGCGACAUUGCGGAGCCGGAGGGGGAUUCUCAGUCCGGGGGCGGCGCCGCGUGGCUCGCGGACCCCAAGGAAUCCAAGCGCACGAUCAGCACCAAGUACGAGACCACCAUAUUCUGAGUGGACCCCCUCUUCCUUUCCGAGCCCCCGUGACCUCUGACCUCUGGGCCUGUUCUCACCCCGCUCCCUCCCUCUGUGUGCCUUUCACUCCGGGCCCCGCCUCUCCCUCUGUGGGCGGGGCCUGUGCCCCGUCACUCUACUCCUCGCCCGACAUCGACACAAGUCUGCGAGUGCUUCGCUCCUCCCUCGUAGCGCUAAUGACUGAUUAUUAGUGCAACCCUUCUGCUUUAUCGCCUCCCCCCCCCACCCCCUCCAGCUCGCCACUCACCUUCCCUUCUCUAUUUACCUUGCAUACUUCCUGAAUUCUCUCUACAAUGCUUCCCUUUUUUUCUUCUCCCCUGUCAACGUCCAGCUAUUGACUUCUGGUGAUAAGCUCUUCUUCUCUUGGUGCUUUUCCUGCUCUGUUAGGCGACGGCCACUCUGAGACUUUUCACUCUGAUCUUUCAACUCCCCGAAGUGCUGAGGGAAUCUUGACCCCGCCGCACGGACGUGUCCCCGGAGGAAACGGACCGAGUGGUCCCGGGAUUCUGUUCUCCGGUUGGACUUAAGCCGACUGUUUCUGUUCAGUGGGGUUGUUGAGGUCUCACGGGGUUUACUGGGGUGGGGGGGGCAGCUCAAAGCCAAAGGAGGUCCUAGCACUGUGAUAAGGUUCUUUUUUUAAGCUAAUAGCGUUAGCAUUUGUGGGGGACAUGGAAGGCCAGGAUAGGACGUGAAGCCUGAUGUGGACCCUGGUGUUAGUAGGCGGUCUUCAGCCUGGCUCGGCCUCCUCUGUCUUUUAUCAGUCCAGGCAUCCGCAUUCAGACCUGGUGCUUCUUCUGCCGUGAACGAUAAUUAAGCACUUUUACCAAAUUAACAAAUGCCUUCCGUCUUUGUCCCGUGAGCAUUGCCUUUUUUUUUGCCAAUCACCGCCAGGUUAAUCUUUCACGGCUGCAAGUGAAAAUAGUUAAUCAUUAUGCAGGGGGUGGGCGGGGGUGGGGGGGGUAUUAUUCGUCCCCGUCACACUGUUUGUGUCCAUUGGUUCUGUGUUUGUUUUGUUUUUUAACCUCACUGCUUUCUGUGCGUGUGUCUGUGUCCCUGUAGCUGAACACUGUGGCCCCUCCCUGCCAGUAGGAAUGAGCCCAGUUGCAUGGUGGGUAGGUUGUUCUGUGACCCGCUUCCCAUGCAGCAGGGUCGCACCACCAGUUGGAUCGAGCUCGCCCGGGAGACGAACCCACGCACAGCUCUCCAAGACGCACGGCCCAUCGGGGACACACACACACACACACACCCACCCCGUUUAUCUUCCCGUCCAUCCGCACAGAAUAUUUGUCCCACAGUCCGAUGCGUUUGUUGUGCUCUGUACAGAGACUCCUGGGUUUAGUUUCUCAGGCUGAGGAACCUGUGGCCAAAGGGGAAGCGGCUGGAUUGAGGAUUUCUUUUUUUUUUUUUGUGGUAACACAAAGGUACAAACUGUCCGACAGAGACGUCGCACUGUAGGCACGCGGUCCUGUAGCGUCUCCAUAUGACCGUCAGCUCAUCCACAACACAUGACUGUGAUAAAACAAUGUGAUCUCGCACGGGAGGAGCUCUUUAACCAAAUUCAAAGGGCAGAGGAACUGACACAAUGACUGUUUUAAAAUAAUAUAACAUGGGUGUCUUUUUAUUUGAUUUGAAAAGUUGUUUAUUUCUCUGUACAUUUUAAUUGUUUUAUUGGGCUUUAAUGUGUUCUAAUGCUGGAACCUGUUCAGGUGUGGUACACUGCAGCUCCCGCCCUCCUUCCCCCGCUCCUGUUGGUUCAGUUCAUGUGGACGAGGUCAUUCGCCAAACCUGCCAUGCAGGCCGGUACGUCUUGCGGUUUUAGCUGCAGAACAGAACAGCAUGUUUCUGCCGGUGUGUCAACUAACGUCCUUAUGGCUGCACACUCUGGUCGUUUGGAUUUAACUGUUGUAUUUGUGGUACGUUGUCAGGCCAGUACGCGAUAACUCUAUGGUACACUGUCUUCAGCUCGCUGGUCCCGUUCUGCUUUUGCACAUUGUUGAGAUGUUUUGGGGACUAAUCUGAUGGCAAACAAUGAUGAGAAUGGUAUUGUACAUGAAUCUAGCGGCCUGUAUUUUCAUACUUGAAUGAUUUUUUGCUUUUAUAGAUAUCUAUAUAUAUGUAUAUGUAUGUAUGUACGUAUGUAAUUUUUGACGUUAGUCAAAAGAGAGAAUAGGACUAUGUCUUAUAAAGUUAAACAUAUCAGGAAUAAAAUACCCUGUGAUUAAAAAAUAAAUUAAAAAAAAAAAGGCUGAGAAAACGAUGACUCAGACGAGGGACCUCACAAAAAAAAGAUUGUAAAUAAUCUUGGGCUUCCAGUCUUUUUUAUGAUUAUUUUUCAUAAUUGUACAACUAAUAAAUGGCGCAAUUAGAAAUGCUGA